UCAUGCAUGUCUGCAAUGGUGGUAGCAGGUGAGAUGAUGGUGGAUGAGAAGGGAAGGUGUGGGAGGUGCAGGGAGUGGCAGGAGCACUACUACUGGGAGCACAUGGAGGAUGUGAGCAAGAUCAGCUUCUUCAAGCUCAUGACAGGAGAUUUUCAGCAGCGCAUUAGCAUACCGGAGAAGAUUGCCAACAAUUUCAUCGGGAAGAUCGCCAAUGGAGGAUUCACCCUCAAAGCACCAAGCGGUGAGGAAUGGCGCGUUGGUGUCGAAAAGAUUGCCGAUAAGCGGUUCUUCAUGCCAGGAUGGGAGGAAUUUGCCAUGGCUCACGAACUGCAGGAGAACGAGCUCCUGCUCUUCAAAUGCAGUGGCAAUUGUUCCUUUGAUGUACUCAUCUUUGACGCGAGCGGCUGCGAGAAGGUUUCAUGUUUCUUUGCCAAUAAAAAGGGUAUCAAUAUGCGCAAACAGUUUGAUAACAUUGUGAGUCAACACGGACAAGAGCACUGCAUUUUGAGUGAUUCUGACGAUACUAGCAUGCCACUAUCGCAGCUGGUUCGGUCUACUCACAAGGCCUCCACUUCAAAGAAACCAAUGCGUCCUCGCAACUUGUACUUAUGUACCAUUGAUGUGAAUGGAUCUCCAAACAGCAGCAACUAUUAUCUUAAGAACGAGGUGGAGCAAGAAGAGGAAAGUGAUGACGACCACACUGAAUCCAACAACUACUACUACUCAAGGAUUGCCAAUUGCCUGAGCGAAGAUGAACGAGAGGAAAUAUUCAGGCAGAUAUCAAUUCACAAAUUUGCAGCUGAUCAUCUUCAGGGGAGAUCAUAUGAGAUGCUGCUUCUCAGGCCAAACAGGAAAGAGAAAUGGUGUCUGAAGUACUACCACAGCAGGGUCACCCGAGGCUUCAACAGCCGGCGCUGGAACAAGUUUGUUCGUGAUAAUAUGCUGCGCGAGGGCUACGUCUGCAUCUUCGAGCUGAUGAAAGGCGCGAGGAAGGCGACGAUGACGGUCCACGUCCUUCGGAAGGUGGACGACAAGUUUGUUCUACUGGGCUAA